UUGGAUUCACUCUUAACACAAAAUUCAAUAAAACAUGAUUUUUACCGUUUUAUUUCUUAUGAUUGUAGAGUUUUUAACGGCAUCGGAAAAAAAUGAAAGUGUGUACAGCAAGGAGCCUAGCAAGUUGAGAAAAAGGUUACCCGCGUCAACGGCGAAAGGGAUUUCCAUUCCUACAUACGGCGAGUACCCCUAUGUUGUUCUCAUAAUGGAAGAACAGACAGAGUACCACAUCUGCGAGGGUGCCAUUAUUUCGGAGAUAUACGUACUCACCGGCUGCCACUGCUUCACACGCUACAACAUGACAAUAGCGUUCGUGAAACAGAAAAAUGAAUUUUUGGUCGUGGCGGGAGGACAGGCGUCUUGGGGGUUGAGAGACGUCAAAUCCAUGAAUUCCAGCUUGACCCAAAUCCGUAUGAUUCGGAAGAUCCACAUGCAUCCGAAAUGUUUGCAGACGGCUAAUAAUGUAUGGCACUACGAUUUCGCCUUUAUCAGGCUCAAGUCCGGUUUCUAUUUCAAUCCUUUCGUCACGUCGUUCAAGCGGCCUUCGACCGAUUCGGAAACGUUGAUUUCUCCGAAAAGCAAUUGCGUGUCUCUAUGGUGGUCCAGGAUCUCACACAAGUUCUUCAAGUUCAGCAGACUUCAGGCGAUUAAGCUCAAAGCGAUGAGCAAAACCGCAUGCAAACAAGUCCUCUGCUCGUUCGAUCCGAGCCUGUGCACACCUCGGGACGCGUCUCAUUUCAUUUGCCUGCGCCCGGAGGAGAAUUAUUCCGGCCAUUGUCUCAAAGGCGGAUCAGCACCUCUCAUCUGCAAAGGACGCGUCCAUGGCAUUCUCAACUGGUCACCAAACUGUAGCAGUCCUCAAAACGUGACGGUCUACUCCAGCCUCCAUCCUAUAUACGACUUAUUCGAUCUUUACGCCACUCAAGAUGCAAAUACGCUGGUUCCUGUUGCCACUUAUGAACUCUUAUUGGUUUUGUUAGUGCUUUAUGUCUAUAUAUCGUCGAGAAAAUGAAAAAACCCGGAACAAAAAAUUUUAAAAUAUAGUAAAUUCUACACACAACUUUUUUUAUGUCACGAGAAUCACGUG